AUGGUGGACAAUAUGAGGAGAAAUGGGGACCAGAAGACAGUUACUGUACCCAAAAGGAAAGCUGUAAGAACCAGUAUAAAACAACAAAUUAACCAAGUCACGGCUUACUUAAAGAACACACAGUUGCGAAAGAAAGAAAAAUCAGUUUUUGAUGACAAAAUUGUAUUUAUUGAGGGUUGUAAUCUUGCAUUUGAUCUUCAAGAUCUAUUGAGCGCUUCUGCUGAGAGACUUGGACAGGGAACAUUUGGGUAUACAUAUGGUGCACAACUAAAAAAUGGACAGACAAUAGUUGUAAAGAGAUUGAGAGAAGUGAGUGUUUCAAGAGUCGGGUUUGAGCAGCAGAUGAACUUACUGGGCGAUAUCAAGCACGAGAAUGUGGUUACGCCAAGGGCAUUCCACUUCUCCAAGGAUUAUAAGUUCAUUCUAUAUGAUCACUACAAGCAAGGGAGCGUUUCCGACAUGCUACAUGGAAGAAGCGAAGGAAAUAGAAUUGAUUUGAAUUGGGAAAACCGACUAAAAAUUGCAAUUGGCACAGCACGAGGAAUCACUCAUAUCCACACAGAGUGUGGUGGAAAUCUUAAACAUGGAAAUAUAAAAGCCUCAAAUAUUUUCCUAAAUUCUCAAGAAUAUGGUUGCAUUUCUGGUCUUGGAUUGGGGAAAUUGAUAAGCCCGACAGCACCACCAUUCAUGUGGAUUGCAGGAUAUGCUGCUCCGGAAGUCAUGGACCCCGGCAAAGUGUCCCAAGCAUCUGAUGUAUACAGCUUUGGAGUCCUGCUGCUUGAACUUCUCACCGGGAAUUCCCCGAUGAAUUAUAGAGGUGACUGCGAGUACGAGAUUGACAACUUUGUUAGAUGGGUUCACCUUAUGGUAUUUAACGAGGGGCUGGAUGUUGAAGUAUUUGAUGCACAUAUAUUUAGGUAUCAUAAUAUAGGAAAAUUGGAACAAAUACUGGAAAUUGGAAUGAGUUGCGUGGCAAGAAUUCCAGAGCACAGACCGAAAAUGUCAGAUGUAGUGAAGAUGAUGGAGAACGCUAGAGCGCCUAAUGAAGAUUUUGAGUACUCCCUAAUGUCGGAACUCUGUUCAUCAGAUUAUGAAGAUGAUGGAGAACGCUAG